GAGCAUGCGUAAAAGGUACUUGUACUUUGAUUGGCUGCCGUUCAGGUAAGAUGCGGCGGAUGCUCCUGCAGAGAAAAUAGUUUGGGUUUGGUGCGAAGUUCGUUACGCAUUCGCAGCCGAUCCUCGAAGCAUUUUUCUCUUAGCACUCUAUUGCAGCUAUUCUUCAAUAACUUUCCAAAAUGCGUGAAUGUAUUAGUAUACAUGUUGGGCAAGCUGGUGUGCAAAUCGGCAAUGCUUGUUGGGAAUUGUACUGUUUGGAACAUGGCAUUCAACCCGACGGCCAGAUGCCAAGUGAUAAAACUAUUGGAGGAGGUGAUGAUUCUUUCAACACUUUCUUCAGCGAGACUGGAGCAGGGAAGCAUGUACCUCGAGCUGUCUAUGUAGACCUUGAACCUACUGUGGUUGACGAAGUCCGCACUGGUACAUACCGACAGCUUUUCCACCCUGAACAACUCAUCACUGGAAAAGAAGACGCAGCCAACAAUUAUGCCAGAGGUCACUAUACUAUAGGCAAAGAAAUCGUAGAUUUAGUCUUAGACAGAAUACGAAAACUUGCGGAUCAAUGCACUGGACUUCAGGGAUUCCUAAUCUUCCACAGUUUUGGUGGUGGCACAGGAUCUGGCUUUACAUCUUUACUUAUGGAAAGACUAUCAGUCGACUAUGGAAAGAAAUCAAAGCUGGAAUUCGCUAUAUAUCCAGCACCUCAGGUGUCAACAGCCGUUGUAGAACCUUACAACUCAAUUCUUACAACGCACACUACUCUAGAACAUUCUGAUUGCGCGUUUAUGGUCGAUAACGAAGCCAUUUAUGACAUCUGCCGCCGGAACCUAGACAUAGAACGGCCAACGUAUACAAAUUUGAAUCGAUUGAUUGGACAGAUCGUCUCCUCCAUCACUGCCUCUCUCAGAUUUGACGGAGCUUUGAACGUCGAUUUAACUGAAUUCCAGACAAACCUAGUUCCAUAUCCCAGAAUUCAUUUCCCACUGGUGACAUACGCUCCAGUAAUUUCAGCUGAGAAGGCUUAUCACGAACAAUUAACUGUAGCUGAAAUAACAAAUGCUUGUUUUGAGCCUGCCAACCAAAUGGUUAAAUGUGAUCCAAGGCAUGGGAAGUACAUGGCUUGCUGUUUGCUGUACCGUGGUGAUGUAGUACCCAAAGACGUGAAUGCUGCUAUUGCUGCCAUUAAGACAAAGCGCUCAAUUCAGUUUGUCGACUGGUGCCCAACCGGAUUUAAAGUUGGCAUCAACUACCAACCGCCCACAGUAGUGCCUGGAGGGGACUUGGCCAAAGUUCAACGUGCAGUGUGCAUGUUAUCAAAUACCACAGCUAUUGCUGAAGCAUGGGCUCGUCUCGAUCACAAGUUCGAUUUGAUGUACGCAAAACGGGCUUUUGUGCAUUGGUAUGUCGGCGAAGGUAUGGAAGAAGGUGAGUUUUCUGAAGCGCGUGAAGAUCUCGCAGCUCUGGAGAAGGAUUACGAAGAAGUUGGCAUCGAUUCUACUGAAGGCGCAGAAGAGGAAGGAGAAGAGGAAUAUUAAUCUGAUGAAAUGGAAAAUGUUUCCUUAUCCCUUGUACUUUCUCAAUAAUGAAAUAUUAUUUGCUAUACUUUUUUUAAUACAUUUUGAUUUAUUUUAAAGUUUUUGUCUUAAUCUGACAAUAAAGCUUUCAUAUUUUAUUGAAUGCACUAAA